CGGCGAUUGGCAAAGACCUUACGCACGGUACAAAGUACACUCAAGCACCUCCAGUUGUCAACCCUAAUCACUCUUUUUUUCUCGCUAGUUGAAAAUUUGGGAUUCCACCGCAUAUAUUCUUAAGCUGGAGUAAACUGUAAUGAAUGAAGCCACUGGGGUGGCUCAAACCGAUAACGAUGUCCCUCAUGCACCUUAUACAUGUAGCACGCCCCGCUCAUUUCCAAGUUACCGCGUAGUGCUUAUCCUCCUAGAGGCCAAAAACGUAUCAUACCUACUAACACCUCCACCACUUGUCUUUGGCAUAUACCAAUAUCUAUAAGCCCUGUAGAGUAUGCGGAUGGUACACAGUGGGUUCCUCCUGUUCUCAUUAUGCAAUAUUAUGCAUAUCUCUCAGUGGAGGUGUUUC